AUGGGGCUCUGUGACCGCGGUAUGCAGAUGCUGCUCACCACGGUCGGAGCGUUCGCCGCCUUCAGCCUGAUGACCAUUGCGGUGGGCACCGAUUACUGGCUGUACUCCCGGGGAGUGUGCAGGACCAAGACCAACACCGGCAACGACACCGAGAGAAAAAACGAGGAAGUGAUGACCCACUCCGGACUUUGGAGGACUUGUUGUCUAGAAGGUACUUUCAAAGGAAUCUGCAAAAUAAUUGAUCACUUUCCAGAGGAUGCAGAUUAUGAGCAGGACACUGCGGAAUACUUAUUGCGUGUCGUCAGGGCCUCCAGUAUAUUCCCGAUACUGAGCGUGGGAUUACUGUUUCUUGGAGGUGUCUGUGUUGCAGCUGGUGAAUUCUACAAGAGCAAGCACAAUGUUGUCCUCAGCUCUGGGAUUUUUUUUGUAGCAGCAGGUUUGAGUAACAUUAUUGGAAUCAUUGUCUACAUAUCGGCUAAUGCUGGAGACCCUGGGCAAAGCGAUUCCAAAAAGAACAAUUACUCCUACGGAUGGUCCUUCUAUUUUGGGGCACUGUCGUUCAUCAUUGCUGAGACAGUGGGGGUGUUGGCUGUGCACAUGUACAUCGACAAACACCGACAGCUGCGAGUCAAGUCACGCAGCGACGUGCUGAAGAAGUCGACCCUUGCGCGGAUCCCCAGCUACAGGUACCGAUUCCGGCGAAGGUCGAGUUCCCGCUCCACGGAGCCUCGGUCCAGGGAGCCGUCUCCGGCUGGAGUGAAAGCCUACAGCGUGCCGCCUCCCAGCGACAUCUCCAUGUACACACUGUCCAGGGAGCCUUCCAAAGCCGCGGGCUCCGCCAAACUCCCUGCCGAGCGGGACGCCAAGUUCUUGCAAGUUCGCAACUGCCUUUCCAAAGACUCGAAGGAAUCUGCUCAGGCCAACCCGGCCAACAGGCGGACCACGCCGGUCUGAAACCACAGGUUGACUCCUUUGCUGCGAGCGGGUGGACCGACGGCCCGAGGGGGAGGGAGGUGAGCUGGGCCCCGGGGGCUAGCCCUCCAGGCUGGGACUCCCCAGGGCAGCUCGGGCCGCUGUACCCCUUCGAUCUGGGAGAGGGGGCGAAUAAUUCACUGCCGGAGAUGAGAAGAUCGUCCCCGCCCCCUCAGCCCGGGAAGUGUUUCGUGUUCUAACUAUAGACAUUUCCGUUCAAGAUCAAGUUCUUUCUUUGAUCACCCUGGAACCCCUACAAAACUGCUCCAACUUUUCUCAACCUUCUCUGCAUGUCUUCGGGAUUCUCUGUAUCACUGACAGUCCUUUAAUGAUGGCAAAGACUACCUUUUUUAUAUAUAUAUUAAUGAAGCAGCAUUGGUUCAAUCCUAGCAUUUUAAUGCCUUCGUAUUUUAACAUUCUGAAUAAAAUCAGCGCAGUUUAAAUUAAAUAGUUUAGCUGCCAAAAGCACAGAUUAAAAAUGAACCUCGGUGAUUUAUGUAAAAAACAGCAGAA